GAGACGCGACGUACUGUGUGGAAGACAUUCCGUGCGGAGACAUUGGAUCAGCUUGCCCCCAGGCGGGAGCAAUCGCAUGGGGCGACUGUCGCAAGCACUUGGCGUCGUUCCAGAACGAUUCGUGCGUCGCCCCUUGGAACUCGACGUGCCAGGUAAUUCGCACCGCCGGCGGCGUAGACAUUCGCGGGUGCGUGUGGUCUCGCGACUCUGCCAAGAAACACGAACAUGACGAGGCCGAAUCAAACGUUCGGUCCUCUGCCGUGGCUGCGUCGUCGAGUGUCGGCGGUAGUGCGCAGGAUGUGUCGGCGCCGCUCGUCUACGGCGCGUCGGGGUUCGCGCUGGUCCUGGCUGUCGCGGCGGUUGCGAUUGCCACCGCCAAGGUGCCCAAGGCUGCCGCCGCAGUUGAAACUGCAGCGGACCAAGACAAACGCCAGGAAGCCAACGUGGAAGAAGAUGCCGAAAACGAAGCCAAGCAUCUGAACAGCCUCGACGGCGCCGUUGUCGAAGUGUAG